AUGCGAUUCAUUGUGUCGUCGAUUGUUGUGUUUGGAGUUGAACUCAAUCUAAAAGAGAAGAUUUUUAUAGCAAUUUCAUGGAUACCAAAGGCCACCGUCCAGGCAGCCAUUGGUCCCAUUGCUUUGGAUUUGGCCAGAGAUCGAAAUGACCCACAACUUCAAGAGUUGGCUAAAUUUGUGCUCACAAUAGCUGUCAUCUCCAUCAUAAUAACCGCUCCAUUGGGAGCCAUAGCUAUGUCAUUGACAGCUAAUAAAUGUCUAAAAACAGAAGUCAGAUCACAAUAUGAAGAUUUAGAAGACAAUUGUGUCAUUAGACAGACUAUGGAGGGAGAGAAAAGAGGUACGACCCCUUCUCAAUGA